GAGAUAGUAAAAAUAUAUUUAUAUAUGUAUAUAUUUUUUUGUUCAGAUAUAUUUAUAUAUUGAAAACUCAGAGAGAGGGAAAAAAAUAAUAAUAAAGAAAAAGGCAAGCCAUGCAAAGUCAAGGAUUGACUGAAUGGAAAUUGCAGCGAAACAACCCAUCUUCAUGAACUACUAACAAGUCUUCCAUGUUACAGAUUUCAUUUGGCUUUAUAAUUUCAUUGGAGAGUCAGAAAUCGGGUAGGAGAUUUGGAGCGGAAAUGACAAAUAAUUUAAUAUUCAUUACCAGACAUCCAAGAUCCACAGAGUAAGACGGGAAUGCGCGUUUACCAUGAGUAUGAGAAGAAGUAGAUGAAGAAAUAAGCAUGCAAUAUUCUAUUCCAUAAAUAAUUAUAGUAAACUAAUUUUUGGCUCAAAAGUCAGAGUUUCACCAAAAAAGAAAACGAAAAAAAAAAAAAAAGGUUUUAAAAGUCAUAGUUGAAACUUAAGAAGAGGAAAGCACUGCAAGCUCAUCCAUAGACUAACGGAAAUUACAGGGAAAUAGACCAUAACCCACAUCAACGGACCAAAUUACAAGUCUUACACGAUACAGAUUCCAUUGUCAUUCAGAUCACCUUGGUCCUUGUAGUUAAUGUAAAUUCGCUAUUAGUGCGGUCUCAAGUUGCAGCCUCUCUCACGGUAACUAAGACCAUGAGAAGAACAAGCAGCAAUAUGGUUGUACUGCUUUUCUUGGUUUUCCUUUGGUUACUCCAUUUCAAGCUUUCCUCUGCAGAAGACACUUUAACCCCUGCCAAUUCCAUCAGAGACUGGGAUUUCUUGGAGUCUCCAAACAAGCUAUUCCGGCUAAGGUUCUUUAAUCUCGGUUAUUCCGGUGACCGCUACCUGGGGAUCCAAUACAUGAACUACAGUGAUAUGAAAAUAGUUUGGGUGGCCAACCAAGAGAAUCCCUUGAAUGAUACUUCUGGAAUUCUAAAUAUUACUAAAGAUGGCAACCUGGUAAUUGGUGACAGCCAUGGGACUUCUAUCACUAUAAACUCCCAAACCCCGCCAUCAAUGAGUUCUAAUACAAGUGCCAUACUUCUUGACUCUGGAAAUUUCAUUUUGAAAGCAGGAGAACAGAUUUUGUGGCAGAGUUUUGACCAUCCAUCCGAUACUAUUUUGCCAGGCAUGAAAUUGGGAAUGUUUGGGUUGAAGCUUGGACAACCUCAAAAAAUAUUUCUGACUUCAUGGGUAAGCCCAGGAGUUCCAGCAUCAGGGGCAUUCACUCUUGGUAUUGAUCCAAACAAUACCGAUCAACUUUCAGUUUGGCAAAGAGGGUCUCUCUAUUGGCACAGUGGGAAGUGGAAUGGUCAAAACUUUAGCUAUUUUCCUGACAUUGAUGCAUCAUACAAGUUCAGGUACAUCUCAAAUGAGAACGAAAGCUACUAUACCUAUUCUGUGCCUGCCAAUUAUAAUUCGUGGAUCGAGUUGAAUUCAUCUGGGGAAAUCCACAUGUUUCUCGGGGGAAAUUACGGAUGGUCACUCUGGAAUCUACCAACUUGUGAUGCAAAUGGAAACUACAAGUCCAAGGGCUGCAUAGACCAGAAGCUAUCCAAGUGCAGCAGCGGAGAUCAAUUCCUACUAACAAGUGGACUCAUGAAUAGUUGGGAAUCUCUCCCCAAUCGCAGUAUAGGUCUCAAUGACUGUGCUGAGAUUUGUAGGAAAGAAUGUUCCUGCAAAGCUUAUGCAUCUGCAGAAUCUGACGGAACCGGGUGUAAAUUUUCAUAUGGCCAAAAGUCCGAUGAAAUAGACAGAUAUUUUGCUGAAUUCUUUUACUUCCGUAACAGCACUAACAGCACUAUGGAAGGAAAAAACAGCACUCAUACAAAAAAAAGUGGGCCUUCUAUAAUAAAAGAAAAACCAAAGAAGAGACAGCUGUGGGUAAGCAUCGUUGUUCCACUAAUCUCUUUGAUAGUUGUUGGUCUAGUCUUCUGCGCAUUAUGCUAUUUCAAGUUGCUGAGGUGCUGUUCCAGAGGGAAACGAGGAAUCAGCGGAGAUGUAACCAUGAGUACAGAGGUGUUGAUACGAGAAUUGAAGACUAGUAUGGCAUCAAUUGAUGUACUCAGUGGCACAAACAAGCAGAAGUUGAAUGGAAAGCAUGACCAUGAAUUGCCUCUAUUCAACUUUCCCACAAUAGAAACUGCCACAAGAUACUUUUCUUGUGAAAAUAAACUAGGUCAGGGAGGUUAUGGGCCUGUCUAUAAGGGCACAUUGGCUGAUGGGCAAGAGAUAGCAGUAAAGAGACUAUCUACAAGAUCAGGACAAGGUCUAGAGGAAUUCAAGAAUGAAGUUAUGUUAAUCUCGAAACUGCAGCACAGGAACCUUGUCAGACUAUUGGGUUGUUGCAUUAAAGGAGAAGAGAAGAUAUUAGUUUAUGAGUAUUUGCCAAACAAGAGCUUGGAUUCGUUCCUCUUUGAUGCAACAAAACAGCUUUUACUGGACUGGAGAAAACGUACCAACAUCAUUGAAGGGAUUGCUCAGGGGCUUUUAUAUCUCCACAAGUACUCUAGACUUCGUAUCAUCCAUAGAGAUUUGAAAACCAGUAACAUAUUAUUAGACAAAAAUAUGAACUCAAAAAUCUCUGAUUUUGGCACCGCAAAAAUAUUUGGUGACAAUGAAUCAAGGGCCAGCACAAUUCGAAUUGUUGGGACAUAUGGUUAUAUGUCACCUGAAUAUGCCAUGGAUGGUCUCUUCUCUGAGAAAUCGGAUGUCUUCAGCUUUGGGGUCAUGGUGCUAGAGAUCCUAAGUGGCAAAAAACACAGUGCAUGUUUUGAUCAGACAAAUGAAUAUAUGAGACUAUUAGAAUAUGCCUGGAAUUUAUGGAAAGAUGGAAGAUGCUUGGAGUUGAUGGACCCAUCAGUGAGAGAAACAUGUAAUUCAACAGAUGAAUUUAUACGGCGUGCCCAAGUUGCUCUCUUGUGUGUGCAAGAAGUCGCAGCAGAUAGACCAAACAUGGCAGAUGUUGUGUCAAUGCUUGGAGGAGAUGCGGUAACUCCCCCACAUCCAAAACAACCAGCUUUCUCUAUCCUCAAAAGAGCAGAUAAACAUAACAUGUCAGAUAAUCCAGAAGCCUACACUGUUAAUGAUGUAUCAUUUUCAGGAAUAGGAGCUCGAUAGCAUUCUAUGAUCAUUCAUGGACUUAACAAAAAAUAUCUAUAUAUAUAUAUAUAUACAUAUCAUUAUUACGUAUCUUAUGGGACAGACUUGGUGUCGCAAUACACAACACUUCCAUGAACACGAUAUCUAGUAUCUUUCAAAUUUCUUACAACAUUUUAUUGUUGUAUAAGAUGGAAAAAUACUAUUUUCCAACUAAGCAACAUGGAUAUAUAGAUGCAAAUCAUGUGAAUGUAUAGCACUUUUUUUUUCCUUCUUCUUCUUCUUCUUUUUUAUUUUUUUAUUUUUUAUUAUUUUAUUUUUAUUUUUUUCCCCUCUCUAAAACUGAUAGCGCAUUGUAUCUUAUAAUGUGAGCUAAGAAAUGGUCCCAAAGAAAAUACAUGCAGUACCGGAAUCUCAAAAUGAAUUUCAAGAGUACCUUAAUAUAUUUUCCAGUUUAGUCACUAGGCAAUAACGAAGUUGGAGGUAGAAUCCAAGAAAGAAGAAAGAAGAACCAAAUAGAAAGAAAACAGAAAGCAGCCUGCUGGCAGAAAUGUCACAUUACAGUUUGGGGCUAAUUACACCCCAAAUCUCUUACACAACAUAAAACUUCAAUGAAAAUUUGACCCUUCAUUCUCAAACUUAAAGGCGCACAUUGGGAUUUGGCAGCCCUAGCCCGUAUAUGGAUCUUACAUAGAAGGGAUGUCAAGUGUGAAGAAUCAAUAUUUACAAGUACUGAGUUAGUUGAUUUCAUAGAUUUCCUAUAAUUCAAUGAAUUGUGCGAAAAAUUUGCAUAAUGGAAGUUUCUAAAAAUAGAACAUGUGUUCGAUAAAUAAAGAAACAAUUUUGUUGGCACUCAUAUCGCCUUAGUUUUAUGUUAGCUUUGUUAGGUGGCUUACAAUUGUAAAUCCCAUGGUCUGCCCGCAAUGAAGUCAGAAAUCAUAAAACUUUGACCAAUCCACCUUAUUAUUGACGUAUACUAAAUAACCAAAUAUGAAAACCCAGAAGGAGAAUCUAAAACAAGCAAUACAAUAUCUAAUUGGGAAUUCUUCACAAAAUAAACGGAACACAACAAUAUAUAAGCAAUGCGAACUUGUCUCCCCCACCUUUAGUAUAAUUAUUCUCAUCUAAUUGAGCUUGCAUAAGGGACAAGGUUUC